GGAAAGCAGGUUGAUAUAUAUGACGGUCAAAAAGGCGAAGGAAGUGGUGAACGUGGUUCUCGAGAUUUCCCUAUGUCUAGCAGAUUAAAAAUGAGAGGAGAUGGAAAAUCAAACAUAGAAGUGCCUUUUCAAGAAACGGCCGCUCAAAGGGAACAGAACAUCAAUGGAACUACUACAAAAGAAGAAAUUCAGAAGCUCAUUAAUAGUUUAAAUAAAUCUCUUCAGGCUAAUCGUCGAAAAAAUUAUAUCGAUAAAAGAAGAUAUAAACAAUAUAAAGCUAAUAUUGAAAAAGAAUAUGAGAUAAGAAGAAUGGAAAGUAACGAGUUUUUGAAAGGAAUAAAAGAUAUUGCGAAAAAAUCAAGAAAAAAUGGGGAGGAUUUUAAACAGCAGAAAAUUUUAGAAUUUAAUUCUAUGAUGGGGAAUGAUAAUAAAUAA